GGCCUGCGAUCUAUGAUGAUUUCACAUGGUCUUAAGAUCACCAAAGAGGACUUUAUUUUUGGUCCAUGGACAGUGACAACAGCCAAAAACCAUAUUAUGAAAUCCAAAGACCUUGAAAGAUUAACAGUGGAAUUGAACUUGCCCUCCCUUCCAGAAAUGUUAUUUGGGGAAAACAUCCUGCGCAUCCAACACAAUGAUGGUUUUGGAAUUGAAUUCAAUGCAAUUGAUGCCUUGAAGAGAAUCAACAACUCUGAGGACACCGUCCAAGUGGCUUGUGCUCGUCAAUGGCAGGAGAGCAGAGUUGGUUCUGAACACCCUCAGGAGGUGGUGAGACCUUAUGACUGGACAUUCACCACAGAUUACAGAGGGACCCUAAUUGGAGAAGAAAUGCAGAUGAAGGUGACAGAGACGACAGAAAGGAUUAAUUUGGAGAAACUGAGGACCCGUGAGCAGAUCAUGUUCUUUGAUGAGGUCCUACUGUUUGAGGAUGAGCUCCAUGACCACGGGGUCUCAAUGAUAAGUGUUAAAAUUAGGGUGAUGCCUACCAGUUUCUUCACAUUGCUACGUUUUUUCCUGCGGGUGGACGGUGUGCUGAUUAGAAUAAAUGAGACACGACUAUAUCAUGAGGCUGGACAGAAGUACAUGUUAAGGGAGUUCUGCACAAGGGAAAGUGGCAUAGCAGAAUUGAAGAGCAUUCCUGCUUCCCUAUUCACCGAUCCGAAUGAGAUUGCUCAACAUUUACCCUUCAAGCUAAGACAAUGCGAGAAGUUGGAACUUCCUGAACGGAAGCACAAAGCUGUUAAUGAACACGUUUAA